GUAGAAGUUUUUUAAAUAUAUAAAAAUAUUGUGUAAUUUUAGAAAAUAUGGAAUUCAACAUGGUUCAGUCGGUGUUCGGGCCGUGGGACUACGCCAUCAUGGCGGCGACGAUGGUCGCGUCAGUUGCUAUUGGACUGUAUUUCCGCUUUAGUGGUGGAAAACAGAAAACAAAUGAGGAAUACCUCCUCGCCGACCGCAACAUGUCCAUCUUCCCCGUGGCCGUCUCCCUCAUGGCUUCAUUCAUGUCAGCCAUCACUCUCCUCGGGGUAUCAGCAGAGAACUAUUACUACGGCAUGCAGUUCGUCGUCAUAAACUUAUCCUACGGCAUAGCCACCCCUAUAGCCAGCAGACUGUACUUACCGGUCUUCUUCGGCCUACAAAAGACCAGUACUUAUGAAUACUUAGAACUAAGAUUUGGACCACACAUCCGUAUGCUGGCAUCCAUGACUUACACUUUACAAAUGGUGCUCUACAAUGGCAUAGUUUUAUACGCUCCGGCGAUUGUAUUAGAAGCUGUAACAGGGUUGGAUAGACUGAUCUCAAUAUUAGUAGUAGGUUUAGCUUGUACUUUCUACUCUACUCUGGGAGGCAUGAAGGCUGUCUUGUUCACCGACCUUCUACAAUCAGCUCUCAUGUUUGGAGCAGUGUUCAGUAUUGUUAUAUUUGCAUCAAUACAAGUUGGAGGAUUCGGAAAUAUUUUCGUUAUAGCUCGGGAAGGUGGAAGACUGGACUUUUCUAAUUUCAGUGUUGAUCCUACGGAAAGACAUACUUGGUGGUCUCUGGUAAUUGGUGGUUUAGUCACCUAUCUCUCGUUGUAUGCUGUAAAUCACACACAGGUACAACGUCUGCAAACAGUGAAUACAUUAGACAGAUCUCAGAAGUGCUUGUGGUGGAGUUGGCCUGUUCUCUCCGUGCUCAGCGUGGUGACAUGCAUGAGUGGGUUGGGCAUUUACGCCGUGUAUAAGGACUGCGAUCCUUUCCUCAGCCAUAGUAUUACUGCUAUGGACCAAUUGAUGCCGUACUACGUGGUGGAUGCUAUGAAGCACAUCCCCGGGCUGGCGGGGCUCUUCGUGGCUGGAAUAUUCAGUGCCUCCCUCUCUACUAUAUCUGCAUCUUGUAACGCUUUGGCGGCUGUUACGUUGACUGAUUAUGUUGGCAGAUGGUGCAAAGUCCGUCAAUCCUACAUCCCCUGGCUGACCAAGCUGGCCGCCUGUUUCUACGGUCUGGUGUUCCUAGCCCUUGCCUUCAUCGCGGAGUACUUGGGAGGUGUGCUGCAGGCUGCCCUCACGAUAUUCGGGGCAGUUGGAGGCCCGUUAUUAGGGGUCUUCACUCUCGGCAUGUUCACUACAUAUGCUACCGAAGGGGCUGCCUGCAUCAGUCUGCUGAGUGGAAUGGCGAUGAUGCUGUGGUUCAGUUUUGGAGGUCCACGGCCUCCGAUCGCGAAGCUGCCGCUUAGUGUCGAAGGCUGUGGCUUCAACGUCACCGUGCCAGAAGUCUCGUACAAUCCUAAGGAUUACUUCUACAUGUACAGAGUUUCUUACCAGUGGACGAGUCCUAUGGGUUUUAUCUGGGUGAUGGUAGUCGGCACGUUGAUAUCGUUGCUAUGGCGACAGCAGCAGCCUUGGGAGCGAGCGGGGCUCUCGCACCCUGACCCAGAACUCUUCACACCGCCUCUAGCCAGGCGACUAAGAGCCAGACACGGGGAAAAACCUGCCGUGCAGAUGACACGUGUGUGAAUUGAUUCCUUAGCACAGCUAUUGGUGAUUUGAACUUAGGACUUCUGAAAGGUUUGUAUAUUUUAUCUUUUGAAAAAAGCUUGCAUAUUACCGGGAUCAUUGGCAUGUGAUGGGCUAAAUUAUUUUAAGGUAACUUCCCCUAUUUAAAAAUAAAAAAACUGUGUAUUUAAUGUUAUAAGCUUUUUUUAAGGCGUAUAAGCAUAAAUUCAUAUGCCUUUAGAUACAUUUAAAAAAUGUUACGUUCGUUGAUAUUAACCAUAUAAUCAUAUAUCGAAUGUUGUCGCAAUUGACUUACUUAAAUGUAGAGGUUUAAUUUGUAACUUUGAGAACGAUAUAAGUACACAUUAUAAUGACUAAUUAUAAUUUUGGAAUAUAAAGACAAGUCACUAACAAAUUUGAAAACAAAAUCCUAUUAAAAAUAGGAUCUUGUUCCAUAGCUGAAAGACAAUUAAAUUAAGACAUUUUUUAUU